AUGGACCUGGCGAUCGUUUCAUUUUGGGGGAUGGCACGUAUUGGCGAAUUUACUUACGACAAUACUUUAGGAGAUUUGAAUACGGAAAAUGCGGUUCCAACCUCGGACGUACGAUUGGUCAAAUCGGCGAUAGGCAAAAAAGCAAUUAUAACGGUCAGAAACGCGAAGACAGCACAACCUGGUGCACCUCAAGUAAUAGUAGUUCAUAGUUUAAAAAACAUGCUUUGCCCUGUACUAGCGUUGAAACAAAGACUAGACGAGGCAAAAGGAGAGAACACGUCGCUGUUUGGUUUUUACAGGGAAGGAACUAGGCGGCAUUUAACACGAUCCAUAGCAGUAAACCGGAUCCAAUUAGUUCUAAGAGCAGGUGGUUUCGAAGGCCUUCUAGGACACUCGUUUAGGGUUGGCGGCGCCUCAUUACGACACGCUUUAGGCACUCCGAUAGAAGAGAUCUGUCUUUUGGGCAGGUGGAUCUCAAGCUGCUACCGCCUAUACAUUCGAGAAUACACGGCGGAAGAUACUGAAGACAGCAAAAGAAUUAUCUCAGAAUUGAAUGACUUGUGGGAAGAGGAUUGA